UAUGAUAAACUUAAUUAUAAAAAACCUCGAUCCAUAUACGUAAAAAGACUGAUGUAGUAAGUAAAUAAAAUUUAUUACUGUCAAGUAUAGGAAAUAUUCCUCACCUUGACCCGAUAUUCCAUUAACAUGUCAACAAAAUAGUCCACAACUUUUGUCUUCCAACGUCACCCUACACCAAUGCGUGGUCGGCGCCUGCGCACGUAUAUCGGCGCGCGACGCGAUCGAUUCCGUUUAGUUGACCGCCGGCCGCGGCGCUGUACGGACGUGUUGUUGCAGGUACGCGAUGUGCGCCGCCAUAGACAUGCUCGGCUCCGAGCAAAUGUUUUACGGCCGAAGCCCUCCCGCGGGGUUCCUCUCAGACUACACUCCGCAAGUGAGGAGGCCCACGAAGCUGACGACCAGAGGGUACUCCGCGCCGUGUCUGUCGCUCCUCAAACCUGUGCAACUCACACUGAAAGCGGCGCCGAGGUCUUGCAUACGAAUAUCCUCGGAUAAAAAGAACAAGAGGGUAGUUUUCGCAGACGACAGAGGGUACGCGUUGGAACAUGUCAAGUUUAUGACUGAACCGUCCCACGUACCUCCAUACUGGGCCUUGAAGAUCAUCGCCAGCCCGCCCCCGGAGCGCAAACCCUCACCAGCUGCAGACGUGUGGGAGCAGAGGUUCCCACAGCCGGCGUCAGACUACGUGGAGUUCAGACGAAGAAUCAACGAGGAAUACGUGUCGCUAGAGAAUGUUAUAGUCAAACAGAACGAGUGCGCGGUGGACGGGACGGUGAAAGUUAAAAAUUUGGAUUUCAACAAGGAGGUCUUCAUCAGGGCGACCUCCGACGGGUGGAGGACGCAAGAGGACACGUACUGCGCGUUCGUGGAGUCCGGUCCCAGCAACCGAGCGGGCGUUUCGAUUUACGACACCUUCGGGUUCCGUCUACAACUCCCCAUACAUUCCAGAAGGCUGGACUUUUGCGUUUGCUUCCGCUGCAAGUCCGUGGAGUACUGGGACAACAACGGUGGUGAAAACUACACGAUUGAGAAGUCGUCGGUGAGGAAGGCGCCGGCGGUUGCGUGCGCGAGGAUCAACAAUGGUAAUUCGUGGACCGACCGAUCGAUAAGUGGCAACACGCCAUACUGGUGAAACUUGUUUUUAAAGAAUUUUGGUGUUACUUUGUGAAAUGCCCUGUGAGAGUGCCAUGUGUCGGAUUGUGCUGUCUCGAGGUUUGUAAUACUUAUAUACAUCGGAAUGUAAUCUACACCGAGCUAAUAACUGAUUGGAUAGCUGUACGAUUAUUAAGAAAUUGGAAUUGACUCGAAUAUUAAACGUAAUAAGUAGAUAAGAGUGAAAGUGAUGUAAAGGUUUUGGUACCAGCGCCAUCUAUCGGCGAACCGUGGAACUACGUGGUGCAAAUAACUUUCUUACUAUGUUGUUAAGAAUUAUUACGAAAGCAUAACGCUAGACACAUAACACAUUCUGUGAAUGCUGAAAGUCUAUCCAUGCUCCUGCCAUAGAAGUACGGGUAUGAAGGUGGUUUUGGAAGGUAUGCUACCUACCUUCAGUCCAGAUCCUCAAUUGUUGAAGUAUAACCAUGAGGAACCAUGUUUCCAGUCGUCAGACUAGCUUCAGCACACCCUUCACUAUCUUGUUUACCUAGUCUAGUCUUCCUUUAAAGUUUAAUUAUUAAUCUGUGUAUUUUAAAGGUUUGAUGCGAAGCUAACUGAAGGACAUGGUUUCUCAAAAUUAUUAUGCCGAGAGAAAUGAAAUACACUUUGAAUUCGGACGGUUGAGGGUCUGGCACAAUGAAACCUGCUAUCUUCCAAAUCUACCAGUCCGAACUCCUUAAUUGGCUACUUACGUAUGAAUCAGGACUGUCCUACGCGUAAAUAAACUUAUAGCCUUCCUAUAUUACAGCCUUUCUUGAUGAGUACUGUUUACCUACAAACAAAUUAAAAAUUAGGGAAUAAUUCACCUUAUUUCACACCUUAUAAUAAUUAGAAUUAACUUGUUCUUAAAUUAUUAAAAAUAAAUUUGAUUAAUAAGCUUAGAACAAUUAGAUAUGGUUAAUGCAUUAUAAAUAACAUUUUUUAUACAAACCAUACAAAAUUUUAAAUAAAUAAGUUAUGAAAUGACAUGCGUUUUCUACCUUCAUUUCAUAUUUCUUUGUUGGUAAACAGCACUCAUCAAGAAAAGCUGUAUAUAGAAUGAGGUAGCUAUGUCUGGCACUUAGUCCUCAUAAUGGAUGCAGCAAGGAGGCGUCUAUUAACUGUAUGGUGUAGGUAUAUAGGUAGCUUUUCCCCUAUAAGUCUCGUAGCAUUAAUGGGAACAGGGUUAAAUAUUAAAUCACAAGCAAUCUCACGAGGGGAAAUAAAACAAACCUACAAAAAUUAAAAAAAAAGUGAAAACAAUGAGUUUUUUUAAUAAAUCGAACAAAACAACAGCAAUUUAAAAAAUAUAAAUUUUAUAUAGGUAUAUCUCCCGUAAGAUUGUGUCGAGCCAAUCUCACGGGGAGGGAUAUAUUAAAUAGACGCCCCUUUCUGUCCUUGGGUUGAAAAAUUUAUAACUUUUAAUCACAGUUUAAAGUUUACAUUCCUCUCAAUCCAGUUAUAAUAAGAUGCUACAAACGAUGUCUAGUCUUUGAAAAACUUGAAAUGCUAACUCGAUAACUGAUUGUAUAAAAAAAGUUUUCUAAAAUGAUAUUAGAAGUAAAUUUUUGGGUAAUUAUGUAGGUAUGUAAUAUGUAGUCAAAAACGUAGUCCAUCCUACUCAGCGAUUAUUAUAAAAUCUUUGAUGCCUACUAUAAAUGAGGAGUAAAAUUGCGGUUUUUCAUUACCACUUAUAACCUUACCAAAUAGGUACUUAUCAUAUUAUUAUCUCAAGUUACCUACCUACUCAGAACAGAAAUAAACCGGCUGAACAACUAAAACUAAAUAAAUAGGUGAUAAAAGUAAUCUAACAGUUGCACAGAAAACAUAUGACAGUUGGUAAAAUUUGGUAAAACCUAUCUACUUAAUAUUUUACUUUUGUCAAUCUGAUUAAAAUAUUGUUAAUUAAGAAGAGGAUUUUAUAAAUUCUUAUCGAGUCAUUACUUCAUUAUAAAACCUAAUAUGACAUUAUAAUAAACAUAUGCUUGCUUAUUUUAAACUCUAAGCUACGUAAUUUACGAUUUUUAAUUCAUAAAAUACCUAAUAUAUUAUAGUAGAAAAUCCACAUUAGAAACGAACUUCACCAAUCAUUAUAAUGGAUGAAAAGUUGUAAACUAAUUACGAGACGCCCCGCGGUUUCACCUUUGUAGAGUUUAGUUCCCGUUUCCGUGAGAAUACGCGGAUAUACUCAUAUGACAAAUAACGUGGCUUUCUAAUGGUAAAAUUUUCAAAAUCGUUCAUUAGAUACAGAGAUAUGACCUCUACGAUUCCGGAGGGUGUGAGUUCGAAUUCGGUCCGGGCAUGCACCUCCAACUUUUCGGUUGUGCGCAUUUUAAGAAAUUAAAUGUCCCGUGUCUCAAACGGUGAAGGAAAACAUCGUGAGGAAACAUACCAGAGAAUCUUCUUAAAUUUUCUGCGUGUGUGAAUUAUGCCAAUCCGCAUUGGGCCAGCGUGGUGGACCGAAUAUGGGUUGAUAAUGAUGAUGGUGAUACAGAGAUUUUUAGGGAAUUUUACUUAUAGAAGGUCACGUUAUUUGCGAGUGUUAUAGGUUAUAUUUUAUCCUGUAUUUUCACGGGUACGAGAACUACGCGUGAAACUGCGGGACGUUGUCUAGUUUAUUAAUUUGGUCAGCAACUUUUUGCAACCUAUUUGCAAUAUAUUUUUAACAUAAGUAGGUACUUUUGAUAUUUAAAACAAGUUCCUGCUAAUAAACAUAGGUGAAGGUCAUUUCUAAUUCGGAUAAUUGUGAGGUUCCUAGCGCCAUACCUACCUUUUAUCAUUAUAGGUAUAUACCUAGGUACUUUAGUUUAUUCAUAAAUAAGAUUUUCUAUUUUGGGAAGACUGUAUAGCUUUGUAGUAGUACCUAAUGUCAGACGCGAUUGUUUGUGCUGCUGGAGAGUCAACAACACAAACAUUUUUGUAAAUUAUCAUUUAUCUGUAAGUGAUUGAUAAGCAACUUUUUGAGCAUAAACGGGUUUCUGUGUCACACAUCUUCUCUAUCGCUCUAAAUAAUUAGCAACACGUUUCUACAUCAAAAAGCAAAUCUGUCUCCGAAAAUAUAACAUCGGUAACACGUCUCUGUUUAAAUGAUGGACUGAUUUUUACGUGAUUUGCUGAUUCGCUAAAUAAUAAUUUAUUGUUUUUCCCAUAUACAUAGAAAUUACUGUUUCUUUUAUAUAGUGUACAAUGAAUUGUGUACUCAGCUUAUAAUUAAUUAAUAAUUAUAAUUAAAAAAGAAUUCAAACCGUUUUUGGCACGUAGGGUCCGUACAGAAAGUGCUCAGAGUCAGAAUAUUUCAAGAAAUACUAUAUAUUACAUAAUCAUCAUUACAUAUGCCUAAUUUAACGGUUCCCUAUAGGGCAAAGUCUCCCUCCUAUAAGAGGGGAUAUGGUUAGACCCAGCACGUUACUUUAAUAUAGGUUGGCGGGUUUUACGUAUUGUUUUCACGCAGGAAAAGUCGCGGAGAGCUACUAGUCACUUUAUAUAACAAUCCAUCGACAUUAGCGUCCUCGUGUAUUAAAGUUAUUAUGUUCUAUUGAGUGUUAGAUUAAUUACUUGCGAUAAUUAUAAUUAAUUAAUUAUUUUAUAAAACGAUAAUUAUGUUAUUAUUUAUCUAAUUAUAAUAUUAAACGAUUUUAUUGUUUGUAGGUUGAGUAUAAAAGAUGAAAAUGUUGGGACUCGUCUUUUUUUAUUUUCAAAAAAGUAGGUUCUCAUUUUGGCGAAUAUUUUUGUUUGUUACGUUUGUUAAUAUUAAAAAAAUAUUUAAAAAAUAAUAUAGGAAAUCUUUUCGUUAUUUUAUAUUAAAUCAAAAUCACCAAAAACAAUAAAAAUUCACAAUUGCUAAUAUUUUUUUAAAUGUGCGUUUUAUGUUGAAAUCGUGCAUUUUAUGAAGUAUGGUAAUUUGCUCGUACCUUGAUUACGCAACUGUCAAACAAAUUGAAAUUAAACCAUUCUAAAAAUAUUAUUAAUAUUAUUUAAUAAAACACAAAGUUGGACAUUGUAACGGUUAAUACACAAUGUAAAAUUAAUAAGUUAUGAAAUGACAUGCGUGUUUUACCUUCAUUUCUAAUUUGUUUGUUGGUAAAUGGGUUGUAGUGAUUUUCAGAUAGCAUGGGUGCAGUCGCGUGUAUGACGUUCAUAAUACGUACUAUUAUCGUGAAUCGCGGCAAACUUUCAAGAAUGAAACGAACUGUCACCCGCACCAUCCUACAUGAAACGAAGUGUAAUAAAGACCUCUUUUAGUCCGUCAAUACAACCACGACGCUAUUGGAAUUUUAUGAUGUCCAUCUAUACUAAUAUAAAAAAAGGAAAGAUUUUGUUUGUUUGAAUAGGCUCUGAAAAUGAAAUUUUUUUACGUAACUUGAGAACCUCCUCCUUUUUUAAGUGGGUUAAAAAAGGAUAGUGUUACAUUAGGGGUGUGGUAGGGAAGUGUACAUAAGUCAAAACGAAGCUUGACCGUAUCCGCUAGUGAUUUAUACAAAGUAGUAUUUAGGCUCGGAGUACGUUGUCACGGAGAUCAACACGACACUCUCCUUGACUCGAGAUAGCGCAUGCAGAUACGAGUAUGUAAAUAAAUAUGUAUAAGCAAACAGGAACUUAUAGCAAGUGAUAGUGUAUUUACGUGAGGACGAUAACACUUAUCUCUAUUUUAUUGUUAUACUAGCGCAGUCCGCGACUUCGUCUGCGUGGAAUUCAGCAUUUCUCAAAUCUGCGGAAUAUAUGGAUUUUUCCGGGUUGAAAGUAGCCUUUUUUAUUGCUUCAGUUGUUCCAGAUUAGCCUGGACAGAGAGACAAUUUUUUUUUUAAGUUUGUGUUUGCUUAAGUAUCGUGUUCAUAGACAAACACUGCAAUUUUAUUUAUAAAAUGUAAUGUAUUGAUUAGGCUAGCGACCGCCUGCGACUUCAUUCGCGACUUUUUGUACAACUUUUAAAGUGGAACCAUUACGUCGUACAUAAUUUUUGCGUAACUGUAAUCGAUUACACAAACACACAUAACGAAAGAUUAAAAAAAAACGUCUCAUUUUCGCUACAUUACCCAUUAGAAGAGGAGCCAAAGAAUAAUUCGUUGGCUCCUCUUCUAAUGGUUCUUUUAAUAUAACCUAUUGCUUGCUUGAUAAGUGGUUGUUGGCUAAUAGUUCUUCUAAUAUAACCUUUUUACCUUCCUUUCCAUAAAAAUAUUUUGUCAGUUGAGUAGUUUCCGAGGCGUUAGACCGAACAAAACAAACAAUCAAAUUCUUUACUUUUUAGUAGUAGUAAUGUCUGACUUUAUUUCCAAUUUUACAUUAAGGCACGAUAAAAGAAAUCUUGUAGUACACAAUAAAUUGAAAUAAGUAAAACAGGAAGUAAAUAAGUACAUGGACCUUCAGUUGUGAGACAUGUCCUCGUUGCGCAGAUUCAUGGUCACCGCGACCGGAUUCUUAUUAUAGUGACUCGAGCUUUGACAAUCUCAAAAAAGAAGGUUCUUUAUUUUGAUAUAGCAUUUGGUUACAAAGUUCGCUUGGGGAAGUACUGCUAGGGUUGCCAACAGUACUAUACUAUAUAGUAUUGUGUACUGUUGAAGAACUAUACUGUACGCAAAAAUACUACAUUUUCAACUCAGAUAUCUAACAAACAACAUUUUCAUCUGAAAUUUUUAUGAACAUUCGUUUUCUACAGAUGCAAAUAGCGUCUAGCCUGUCCGAGUUUGUCUAUCUUACUGAGUUCUAAUCAUUAAACAUAUAAAUGAAAAAAUAGCAUUAUUUUGGUUUUGUUAAAUAUAAAAAUCAGAUGUGAAAAAAUAUAUUACACUCUUUUAUUGCAGACAAAUAAAUGAGUUUGGAUCAUGCCGCGAUGCAAGAACCAGCUCAUGACUAAGGGCCCCGUAUGGGUUCGAAACUAGUCGGGCAUACUCCGACCUAAUAUCACGUGAGUUUUAGCCGUGUAUCAUAAUCAAUUAAUAUGAAUAACACUCACGAUAAUUUAAAUUCUAAAACAGACAAAUAAAUCUUGAAAAAUGCAUAAAUAUUGUUUUUUUUUUAAAAAUAAAUGUCGAUUUUUUGCUUAUUCCAUAUUUUUUCAUGGCUUAAUCUGAAAAAUACUAAGUAUUUCUUUCUGAAAAAAUGUUGGCAACACUAAGUACUGCCGUAAUCGAUGUAGCGUUCCAUGAUCAAGCAAGGAAUGUAAGAAUCCCCUCUCUAAUACGCAGUAGCGAGCACUUCAUAGCUUCAUAGAUGCAAAAAUGCUUUACCUACCCUGAGGAAACAUUUCAAUACUGUAGAACCUACCCUACCCUUGUUAGAAUCCUUAUGCACGCCAUUGCUAAUACAGUUAUAAAAUAUAAGGAAUAAUACUUGUGGUGGGCCGUUAGAAUUGGCUGAUUAUGAUGAUGUUUAGCUUUUAAUAAUAGGUCCAGCGAGACAUUAGUAAGGUGACUUAGUUACGGAUUUCAGUAAAUCUGUUUUUUGCCCUUGCGGUGAUAUAUGUAUACAUGGAUUGUAAUUUAAACCUCACAUUUCUUCACAUUUCAAAGUAGAGCGACUUUUAAGUCUUAGUGAUUAGAUCUACUUUACUUACUUUGAUGAAAAUUGAGGUAUAAAUCUUAAUCCAUUUUUAUAAACAUGGUUUACAGUCUGUCUUUUUUAUACGUCAAUGCAUAUUUUGUUACUAUAUGAUAUUUACAAUUACAUAAUAUACUCUAAAUAUCCGUAUUAAAAACGUUCUUCACCCAUCAGUUUAUUAGACGAAAAGUGUUUCAUAGAAUAUAAAAAAAAAAAAACUCAAAUCUCCUGGCCAAACUAUAGUUAAUGAUAGUCAAUAUAGUUUCGCCAGGAAAUUUUUUUAAAACACUUUUUAUUCAAUAAACAGCUGGUUCGUUUCUAACACGGAUUUUCUACUACGAAUAUUUAAUACGAAUUAAGUAAUGAGUACGAAUCUAUUCCAGGAAGUCUGUAUACCUUUGUCUGUCGUGGUAAGGUGACAAAUCUAAUUGAUUGAUCACAUCAUUAUACUGAAGAUUCAUGUGCUCACAACGCGCCAAGCUUGCGACCAAGUGACGACAAAUAGACGAAAUAUCCAAUGGCGGCAGAGCUAUCCCAUCUCUUUCUUCUCAACGCAAUGAAGCGAUAUUUCCGGUUGCAUCGCCAUCUCGGUUGAAAUUUGUCUCUCUUUACGACUUCAUUACAUGGAAAGAUACAGACUUCCUACAGUAGAAAAUUUUUAGCUAUUAUAAUCAUGCUGUGAUUUUGUUAAUCAAAAUGGACCAGUUAAUGAUUUUAUGAUUAUAUUUUUGAUGAUUUGUUGUGAUUUUUUUAUUAUUAAUUAUAAUAUGAUAUAUUACGAUAUUUUGAGAUUUUUUUUUAUAUUUCACAAACGGAAAAUGAUUUCUUGUAAAUAUAAUAAAUGAAUGCUUUAAAAUUGUUUUAAAAAAUAUUCGAGUGAAUGAAUUAUAACUAUUUUUAUAUUGAAUGUAAAUAAUAAUAAUUUAUUUGUUAAAUUUAACUAGAGAUGUGGGUAUUUUAAUAUAAAUUCAAUCAAUAAAUUAAUUCUUUUAAGUCGAGAGCAAUUGGGUAUUACCAUAAAAGAAAAUGAGGGAACCCAGUGAAUCGAUAAUGAUUUUUUCUUUUGUUUACAUUUUUUUGCAAAAAAAAAACUAAAAAGUUUAUCCAUUACAGAUUACCGUCUGUCUAUCUAAAUAACUAUUGAUCGGCUUAAUCGAUUUGAAUGAAAUAGGCAGCAUUUGAAAGGCUUCACCAAACUUAAGACUUAAUAAAAUUGAGCCGAAACGGACCAGAAUGUUUUGAGUAAUCUUAUAAACAAAAAAUGUAAUAAUAAGGUAAUUUUUAAUGAAAAAACUUAGUAUUUAGUAUUAGAAAAUACCUACCUGGGCUCCGAAGUGUAAACCCAAUUGUUCUCAACUAUUUAUUAUAACAGGGCAUUGUAUUCUAUAAGUUGUUUUAAAUAAUGAAAAGAACUGAUUAUUUUAAUGAACUUCGUUUAAGUAAUUAAGUAAUAUGAUGUUUAUAUUUUUAUACAUUGUUAUAAAUAAAGUUAAUUAAUUAUUAUAUAUUUUAAUAAAUGUAUCUCUACUUAUAAGGAUGACGUUCCUGUCUACAUUUUGUGGUAUCUAUUAAAAAUGUUUUUGUAAUAAUA